UUGCAUUCCAAAAUGUCCCUAUAUAUAUCCAGUGGACCAGUUCAAUAUUUUGUACCUCUUACAAAUAAGCUUCUUUCCAACAAUGGAUAAUUGUAACUUACUCAUUUUUCUACAGUUUUAUGUUCUUGUUUUUCCUUUUCUUCUAGCUUCCUCUGCUCAAGAUAGACAGGUAUAUAUCGUGUACCUCGGGGAGCAUACUGGAGGAAAAUCUCACCAAGAGAUAGAAGAAAACCAUCUCUCUUAUCUGUUGUCUGUGAGGAAACUGAGGAAGAUGGAGGAGGUUGUGUCGGUGUUUCGGAGUCAUCCGAGAAAAUACGCAUUGCACACGACGAGGUCAUGGGAGUUUUCGGGCUUACAAGAGUCGACAAAUUCAAGCAAUAUUGAUAAAAACUCUUUGUUAUACAAAUCUGGAUAUGGCAAGGGGGUCAUUAUUGGUGUGCUUGACACAGGUAUCUGGCCAGAGUCUGAAAGCUUCAAUGAUGAAGGGAUGGAUGACGUACCAAAGCAAUGGAACGGAACCUGCCAAACUGGCGAAGCAUUCAACUCCUCAAAUUGUAAUAAGAAAAUCAUCGGCGCCCGAUACUACCUCAAAGGCUACGAAGCCUUAUUCGGCCCCAUUAACAGAUCGUACGACAUUCCAUCCGCCCGUGACAUGCACGGUCAUGGGACCCACACUGCAUCCACGGCCGCCGGUCGUGCCGUCAGCAACGCCUCCGCCCUCGGCGGCUUUGCCGCGGGGACAGCCUCUGGCGGGGCCCCCUUAGCCCACAUAGCCGUCUACAAGGCGUGCUGGGCCGACCCGGACAAUGGGGAAACCGAUUGCUUGGACGAGGACUUCCUUGCUGCCUUCGACGACGCCAUUCGUGAUGGUGUCCACAUCAUCAGCGGCUCGAUUGGGUCAUCUAGUCCGUACGAACAGAACGGCGUCGAGAUUGGGUCCCUACACGCCGCCCGGAAUAACAUCGUCGUGGCACUCAGCGCGGGGAACGCCGGGCCCACACUGGGCACCGUCGAAAAUCUUUCUCCGUGGGCAAUCACAGUCGGGGCCAGCAGCAUCGAUAGGGUUUUCCCGGCAGCGGUCGUGCUUGGGAGUGGCGUCCAACUCCAGGGCCAAACAGUGACUCCUUAUCGCAUGAAACAAACGCUGCAUCCAUUGGUUUUUGCGGGUGAUGUAACCUAUCCAAAUGUGACCAAAAACGAAUCCGGGCAAUGUUUACCAGAUUCCCUCUGUCCUAAAAAGGCCAAAAAUAAAAUCGUACUGUGCUUGAGAGGAGUCGGGUUGAGAAUCAGCAAAGGCAUGGAAGUCAAAAGAGCCGGUGGCGUUGGUUUUAUCAUAGGAAAUAGUGAAGCCAACGGGAACGAAAUAACUGUUGAUGCCCAUGUUCUUGCAGCAACGCACGUCACCUACGAGGAUUCUCUCCGCAUUCUGAAAUAUAUAAACUCUACGAGAAGACCACACGCGCUCAUCACGCCAGCUCAGACGGUUGUGGGCAACAUACGCGCACCUUUCAUUCCUACUUUCUCCGGCAAGGGUCCCAACUCACUCUUACCCCAAAUUUUGAAGCCGGACAUCGCGGCUCCAGGAUUAAAUAUAUUAGCAGCUUGGAGCGGUGCAUCUGGUCCAUCAGCGUUGCGUGAGGAUACUCGCGUUGUAAAGUAUAAUGUUUACUCGGGCACAUCUGUUUCCUCCCCGCACGUAUCAGGCGUGUUGGCCCUUCUCAAGGCCGUUUAUCCCCACUGGAGCAGCGCCGCGUUAAGAUCAGCUCUCAUGACUUCCGCAACGGUGGUCGACAAUGAAGGGAAGCCCAUUCUGGAUUCAUCCGGAAUCCAGGCCGGCCCGUUCCAGUUAGGGGCGGGUGUUUUCGACCCGAACAAAGCAGCCGACCCGGGACUCGUGUAUGAUGCGACUCCCAAGGACUACCUCCUCUUCCUAUGCGGCACUAAGUAUAAGAAACUUGUUCUUCCCUUCGAAUGCCCAAUGAGACCACGGUAUCUACUCAACCUCAACUACCCGUCGGUAGCCAUACCCGAACUGAAAAGCACAGUCACCGUCGCUAGAACGGUCACAAAUGUGGGCCCCGCUCACAGCGUGUAUACUUCCAGCAUAGAGCAUCCGCCAGGGACCUACGUGAAGAUAUGGCCUUCCAAGCUGCAUUUUGACCACACCGGUCAGAAGAUGCGUUUCUUCAUCACGGUAAAAAGGAGUUGGAAAUUUAACAACUACUCCUUCGGAUCGUACAAGUGGACUGAUGGAGUUCGUGUUGUCCGGAGUCCUAUGGCUGUUUCACUUGCUCUCUAGCCGCCGCAGCCGCCGCCACCGCCGCCCCUUUUGUUUUGUGUUUUUCCGUCUUGCUUUCGAGAAUUUCGCCACAAUAAUAAGUGAUGAAAUGGGGAUUAUGUGCUGGUCAGAUCCUCAUUUGUAAUUCCAAUUUCCAUGUGGCAUAAAUAAAAUAUAAUAAAAUAUACACUUGCUAGUUACAAAUUUUCUGCAUUUCAUACAAUACCCAUAAUUUGC